AUGGCGCCUUCACAAAGUAGCAGUGCAACUGUGUUAGCGGUGAUGGUUGUCCUUGUGCUGCUGGGGAUGGGAUGCCCGGCGGCGGCCAUGACGGCAUGCAAGGACUGCAUGCCGCAGUGCAACUCGACGUGCAGCGCCGCCAACUUUGCCGGAGCCGGGCCAUGCGGCGCCGACUGCAGUCCGACUCCGGGAUGCUCGGGCUGCCUCUCCUACUACCAAGGCAAGUGCAUGUCGGGGUGCUUGAGGGCGUGCAAAUCCCAAACACCGGGUGCAUACGACUGCGAAACCACCUGCAAAGGCAAUUGCAGCAACCAAAGUAGCUUGUGCGGAGUCGUCUGCGGCGAGUCGAAGACGUGCACCGCCUGCAAGGACAACUACUCCCGUGGGUGCACAUCCUGCUGCACCGCCUACUGCAAGUGCCACUGCGUCUAG